CGGCUGGAAGAGGAGGUACGGCUUUUUCUUUCCCUGUUUCCCGGUCUGAGCUAACAACGCAAUCCUAAACGGAGGAUGGCGACACCAGGGCGAGGUGUGCGAUCCACGCGGAAGCUGCGGCAGUGGACUGUGGAACAGGUGGAGAGCGGGAAAUUUCCCGGGCUGGUAUGGGAUGACCCUCCAGCGAAGACCAUGUUCCGCAUCCCCUGGAAACACGCAGGAAAACAAGAGUUCCGCUCUGAUGAAGAUGCCGGCUUCUUCAAGGCUUGGGCCAUCUUUAAAGGAAAAUAUCGCCCUGGAGAACGCCUUGAUCCCGCCACCUGGAAGACACGUGUCCGCUGUGCCUUGUCUAAGAGCCCUGAAUUCGAGGAGGUGCCAUCACGCUCCAAGAUGGAUAUCACAGAGCCCUACAAGGUGUAUCGCCUGGUCCCGCUAUCUGAGCAGUGUAUUGAGAACUCAUCACAGAAGUCCAAGAAGAGGAAGUUGAAAAGCUCCCGUGGGUCCACAGAGGAGGGGGGAGGAAGCCCCCCUGAAAGUGCCCCUCGGAUACUAUCCUCCUUUUCCCUACUGAUUAUGGAUGGAAGCUCAACGUCUGAGGCCACGGCUAGCCCUUCUCUGAACACGGACGCUGCUGUCUCCUUCCAGCAAGAGGAGUUCAGCCCUCAGCCCGGUGAACCAGCUCCUGACUUGACCGAAAUUACCCUCUCUUUCAAGGCAAAGACUGUACCAACAGAGAUGCCUCUGGCAGUGAUACCAGACGAUUAUUCUAUUCAGCUGUCCAUCUGCUACUGUGGUGUGCUGGUUCAGAGCUUUUGGCUCCCGCAAGGCGAUUUCCUGAUUACGUCCGUCGCUACUCCGCCAGGAGUGCCAAUUAACAUGAUGCGGCGCAUGGUGCUGCCACAUCCAAACAGGUUGGAGGACCCCCAAAAGCAGAAAGCCAUCCUGCAGUUACUGAAGGAUCUGGAAAAUGGUGUGAUGGCUGACAGCAACCGGGAAGGGAUAUUCAUCCAGUACAAGAGGAAGUGUAAAGCCAGCGUCUCUUGGCAGGGACUCACAGAAUCCCAGACCUCUGGCAAGCUGGAUAACGGCGUCUUCCUUCAAGUGUUCAGCACCAAGGUAUUUCAGUCAGCCUGGAACCUCUACCUGCAGGGCUUAGCUCCCAAGCCUGAACACCAAGUUACUCUAUGUAUAGGAGACAAACUGGAUGGAAAUGAUAGUCUAGAUACUAAACUCAUCGUAAUUCAGAUGGUGCAGACCUGUGCUUCUCGAAUGAGUGAGAUAAAAGAGAUACCUGACCCGGAUUCCUUCUUGGCAUCGUUUGCUUUUCCACACCUCUCAGCCUGAAAAUUGUGGCUGCUGCUGGUUCUUGCUUUCCCGUUGAUGAAUAUUGUCUUGCACAACAAAGCUCCUGUCUGGGUCAUUGAGUUUGAGGUAGCACGUUGUAGGUUAACAGUCUCUUCUCUAUUCCGUUAGCAUGAUCAGCAACUUCUAGAAUUUCUAGAGGCACAGUCCCUCUGCUCCUUAUGGUUUAAGCUUGGACUUUCUACAUUUCCUUUAUGUCUGGGCAGUCCAGCUUUGCCAGUGAGUUUGUGUUCAUUAUAUACAAACUUGUGAAACACUAGAGUGACCCAGAAUAUGUAGUUACAUUCUGAGACUGAGGAAUUUCCUUUUGGAGUCCUAGUAGCUGUGGCGAACAAAUUCCGUAAUUUGCUCCCAUUUUCUGUGCCUGCUAGAAUCCCAUUCCUGCCCUUCUUGCACUUUAUUUGAAACUGCACAUUCUUCAGUCAAUUGUGAGUGUGCAACAUCUUCCUUUAGAAACAAUAAAAGCCGUAUAGAAACGAGUGCCUAGAUUCUGCCUAGUGUAUUCUUUAGAUACAACUGAAUUGUGUUACCAACCUGGACAGACUUUUUGUCUCACCACGAGUUCAAGUGAAGUCACUUCGCUUCUACAAGAUACGCAUGGUUAUAUUUUUAAGCUAUUUCGAACCUUAAUAAUGGUGAAAUGUAAAUGGCACAAUUCGAGUAACAAUGGGAGUGAGUGGGAAAUAAUCCAGUGUGCUGAUUGCAUCAAGCCGUUUUUUGUCAGGCACUGCCUUCACACUUGAUCCUUAUCUUUAUCCAGUCCUGUCCAAACCCUAGGGAAUCCUGAACUGGCCUGUUGCCGGUUUAACCAUAAAGAACAAAUAGAUCCUGAUUGGUGGAAAAGACUGGAUCUUGAGUGUGUGUUAUGUGUCGUCAGGUGGUUUUUUUACUGACAGCAACCCUAUGAAUGACCGACCUCCAAAACAUCCUAUCAUUGACAGCCUUGCUCCGGUCUUGCAAACUGAAGGCUGUGGUUUCCUUUAUUGAGUCAGUCCAUCUCAUGUUGGGCCUUUCUCUUUUCCUACUGCAUUCAACUUUUCCUAGAAUUACAGUAUUUUCCAGUGGCCUUGUUUGUUCACUGUCUAUGUAACCAUUUUUCAUUGUGUAUUGGUUUGGUGAGAAUUCUUGUAUUUCUUGUCGCACUGAGUUUUGGUGGCUCUGUCUCAAUAAACCAUUCAACUCAUA